AUUUAUAGGUGGAGGACGUGCUUAAUUUUCCUUUCUAUGCAAAUUUAGAACGAGUUGCAAACCGAAGGUACAUAGAGCAUUACAAUGUAGAUAGUACCAGAUUCUCCAAGACUUCAUAUGGUUCUCCAAACUUUUGCAAUAAAGAUUUUCUAACUCUUGCUGUUCAGGAUUUCAACCUUUGCCAAUCUAUACAUCAUGAAGAACUGAAACAACUUGAAAGGUGGGUAGUAAAAAGCGGACUGGAUAGGUUGAAGUUUGCCAGACAAAAGUCUGCAUACUGUUACUUUUCAGCUGCAGCAACACUUUUUCCACCCGAACUGUCUGAUGCACGUCUCUCAUGGGCCCAAAAUGGUGUUUUGACUACUGUAGUAGAUGACUUUUUUGAUGUUGGAGGUUCUAUGGAGGAAUUAAGAAACCUUAUUCAUUUGCUUGAAAAGUGGGAUGUAAAUGCUAGCACUGACUAUUGUUCAGAGCAAGUUCAGAUCAUAUUUUCUGCACUUCACAGCACAAUUUCUGAGAUCGGAGACAAAGCAUUUAAAUACCAAGGGCGUGAUGUGAUUAGCCACAUAAUUGAGAUUUGGUUGGAUUUGAUGAAUUCUAUGUUAAGAGAGGCUGAAUGGACAAAAGAGAUGUCCGUGCCGACGUUGGACGAGUACAUGGAGAAUGCUUACAUAUCCUUUGCCUUAGGACCAAUUGUCCUACCGGCCCUCUACUUAGUCGGGCCAAAGCUCUCGGAGGAGAUCAUCCAGCACCCCGAAUACCACCGCCUGUUCAAGUCAUUGAGCACUUGUGGCCGUCUUCUAAAUGACUUAAAGGGUUUUGAGAGGGAAUCAAAAGAAGGGAAGCUAAAUUCUCUGUCAUUGCUGGCUACUCAUAGCAGCGGGGGUGUGACUGAGGAAGAAGAAGCAGGUGUGAGAGAGAUAACCAAUUUGAUCAGUGCUAAAAGGAGAGAGGUGCUGAGGUUUGUGUUGCAGGACGGCGGCGUGAUUCCAAGAGAUUGCAGAGAUGUGUUUUGGAAGAUGAGCAAAGUGUUGCAGCAUGUGUAUGCCAAAGAUGAUGGUUUCAGUGCACAAGGGAUGAUGGAAACUGUGAAGGCAAUUCUCCAUGAUCCAAUUGACCUCCAUUUGCUCUCUUCUGAAAAUUAAUUGCUCCAUUUGAUCUAUAAAUAAAUAAGUGGCACUUAUUUUAGCAUAAAAUAAAAGCUUUGAUGAGACAAUUUGGUUUCCCUAUUUGCUUCAACUAAGGAAAGAGAGAAGAUCUACGGAGUGAUUUCGGAGUGGUUUUUUUAUGUGUAAGCAAUGAAGAGUGUUACUUUGGUGCACUUAAGGUCCAGAAUUUUUUUAGAACUUCUCACAUAAAAAUUAAGCAAACGU